ACAAGACUUUAAUUUUUCAAGCUAGAUCUAAGAUUAAGAGGUCGAAUUUAAUUUUUUAACGGGCAGACAGUAAGUUUUUAAACUAGGUUGAACUGAUUAGACCAAAAAAGCCUGACCUUAAAAAAAAAAACUUAAGUUCGGCCUAGAUAAGCAAGUUUGAACCUAAGCCUAGUUCAAAGAACUUCAGCCUGACUAAGCUGAAAUUAAUUGUGAUUUUCACCCAAUGAAUAAAAAGAUGCAGCUGAUUUAGUAAAGCUGUUUAGUCUAGUUUAAAUAAAAUUUAUUCUAUUAUUAAGAGAAAAUUAUUAUAUUUCAUGGAGGCGCCUGGUGGCUUCAGCUGAAUUUUUCUUCGGCAUUUUUUUAAUUGCUGUAAAUGUGAAAUCUCUGGAUUUGGAAUAAAAAUCUUUAUUAAGUCAAAAUUAAGCAUGUUGAUAAAACAUAAAAACUAAGGUAAUGGAAUACAUAAUUACUCAUAAAAUAAAGUAUUAAAGAUCAAAUUCACUCUGGAAAAAAAAUUCAAAAAAUCAUCAGUAGUCAGGUUGUUCAUGGAAUUAUUGUAGCCUCUGUGGUUCUUCACGAUAUUCUUUGUUGACUUGGCGUGCAUGGUGUAGUGAAUAAACAUAAUGUAGUAUAAAAUUAAUUCUCAAUCACCACACAUGGAUGGCAAUUCAAUGUAUUCGGGGGUUUAUGCUUGUGGGGAAAAAUACAUGGCGCGUGUGUUUGUCACCAUUAUUCUUCAAAGUAGUGUCGGGCAAGUAGCCAGUUGAACUCACAGCCGAGUAGCAACGACAGUGUCGACUUUGGAUACUCCGCGAUACUCAUUUUCAUUUCCAGUCCCAUUUCCACCACAAUUUUAGUUGUGUUUUGGCAGCAGUUGGACUCGGAAGGCUGCCGUGCUUCACCUUAAGUUCUUCUCUGAGUAUUUGUGUUCUUUUUUUUGGGGCUUUGUCACUGUCCUAAGGUUUUGUUGUACUGAGUGCUCUUUAUCGACGUGCCUUAUCGGUUUUUAAUAGAGAGCUUAUAUAGGAAAGAACACUGAAGACGGGGAAUUUUGCCUCAUUAGACACUUGUGUGUUCAGUGGAGUGCACGAUAUUCUGUUGUUGGGAGUGUUGAUAGGAAAAGAACAUUCCUAUUGAAUUUAAAUUUAAACAAAAAAUAAAUAAAUACCUCAAGCACAAAUCAAUCGAGGAAGUUGGACUAAAAUUUGGAAAUAAAGAUGGUUGAAGAGGAUAUAGCUACGAAUAAUCUUCUUCCUGAUUCUGACAGGAAAAGUGGGGCUGUAAAGCUGCAGAUUGUUCCGAGUCAACCGAAAACAUUGUCUCAUCUACCGCAUCGUCCAGCCGUGGAUUUGGCCUUCGAGAACCUCACCUAUCGCGUUAAGGAGGGCAGAAAAAGCAAUGCCAAAGUCAUCCUCAAGGAGGUCAGCGGAAGGCUGCGUUCGAAGGAGCUUACUGCCAUUAUGGGACCGUCAGGUGCAGGAAAAAGCACCCUUCUAAAUAUUCUCUCAGGCUACAAAACAACAAAUAUCGAGGGAUCAAUUACGAUGAAUGGCAAGGAGCGCAAUUUGAGCCUCUUCAGAAAAUACUCCGCCUACAUUAUGCAAGAUAAUCAGCUUCAUGCUAAUUUAACCGUUGAGGAAGCCAUGACAGUGGCAGCAAACUUGAAACUCAGCUCCAAGAAAUCCAAAACGGAAAAGAGCCUUGUGAUACGCGAGAUUCUGGACACGCUGGGUCUUCAAGAUCAUCGUACUACGAUGACGCGAAAUUUAUCUGGGGGGCAAAAGAAGCGACUCUCAAUUGCCCUGGAGUUGGUCAACAACCCACCUGUGAUGUUUUUCGACGAACCCACAAGUGGCUUAGAUAGUUCUACAUGUUUCCAGUGCAUCAACCUGUUGAAGAUGCUGGCACGAGGCGGUAGGACGAUCAUCUGUACAAUCCAUCAGCCUUCUGCUCGACUUUUCGAGAUGUUCGAUCAAUUGUACACCCUCGCAGAUGGGCAGUGCGUGUACCAAGGAAGUACAAAGCAGCUUGUCCCAUUCCUGAGCACGCUGGGCUUAGAAUGCCCAAGUUACCACAAUCCAGCUAGUUAUGUGAUUGAGGUAUCAUGCGGAGAGCACGGAGAUCAUACGAGGAAGCUGGUUAGUGGCAUUCUCAAUGGGAAAAGGGAUAUUCGAACAGAAUUGGAUUUUAUUGAUCGAAAGAAUGACGCUUCGAGUGCACUAGUGAAGGUGCAUACAAAGAAGAAUGUUAAUAAAAACGACGUCCAGAAUGUUGGAGAGAAAUUCGCGGAGAACCUCAAUGCUAAUGGCAAUGGGGUGAUAAAAACAAAUAUUAACAACGAUAUUGCCAAAGAGAGCACAACUGUUUCCAUUCCAAUUGACAUUGACAAAGAGCUCGAUGUGAACUCAGCUUUACUCCCUGAUGAGAUGUUGGAAGCUACGGAGAAUCCUGCGAGAUAUGCAACAACGAUGUUCCAUCAAUUUUGGGUAGUAUUAAAGAGAACCCUCCUCUUCAGUCGAAGAGAUUGGACUUUGAUGUACCUGCGUCUCUUUGCGCACGUUAUGGUUGGAUUUCUAAUUGGAGCUCUCUACUAUGAUAUUGGAAAUGAUGGAGCAAAAGUACUCAGCAAUCUUGGUUUCCUCUUUUUCAACAUGCUUUUCCUCAUGUACACCUCAAUGACCAUCACCAUUCUUUCUUUCCCAUUGGAAAUGCCGGUUCUAUUGAAGGAGAACUUCAACCGUUGGUACUCACUACGAUCUUACUACAUGGCAAUCACCAUCUCAGAUAUACCAUUCCAGGCAAUCUUCUGUGUAAUCUACGUAUCGAUUGUCUACUACUUCACAUCACAGCCAUUUGAGAUGUUUAGGUUUGCAAUGUUCCUUACGUCUUGCCUCCUGAUCUCAUUUGUGGCGCAGAGUGUUGGUCUUGUGGUUGGUGCUGCUAUGAAUGUCCAAAAUGGAGUAUUUUUGGCUCCAGUCAUGUCUGUGCCUUUCCUCCUCUUCUCCGGCUUCUUCGUUAGCUUUGACGCUAUUCCCGUCUACCUGCGAUGGAUCACCUACCUCUCCUACAUUCGCUAUGGUUUCGAGGGUACUGCUCUUGCUACAUACGGAUACAACCGAGAGAAGCUAAAGUGCUACCAAACUUACUGUCACUUCAAAUCUCCAACAACUACUCUUGAGGAAUUGGACAUGUUGGAUGCAAAUUUCACCUUAGACAUUGUGGCUCUACUUGUUAUCUUCUUGGUGCUCAGGGUGGCUGCCUUCCUCUUCCUGCGAUGGAAGCUGCGAACUGCACGAUAGAAUACUCAAUUCUAUCACUUUUUUUUGCAAUAAAUCGGACAUUAUCCGUAAAAUCAGGUUCAUUGUUAAAUCAACUAUAUAGUUACUCUCUUUAACAGUAACAAAAAACGCAAUUGUUAGUUGUUUAAGUACUUAUUUAAGGAGCACCAUUUACACUUUUUUUUUGCAAGUUUUCCUCAAAGCUUUAAGCUUAUUGCAGCAAGAUGUCAAAAUAAACAAUUUGAAUUCGGAACACAGGAUAUGUUAGUGGUAAAUAUAAUACAAUUUAGUGAAUUUUGAGGAAAAAAAUAAAUGAAGAAAAAAUAUUAAAUUGAAGGGCUGUGAUUACAUUCGACAGUGUACGAUUAUUUGCAAAUUCAAUCAAGGGGAACUUCAUGACUUGCCAAUAGCAGCAGUAAAUAUGAAUUUUGAAUAAGGAAGUACAGAGGAUGAAGCUCUCUGUGAAAUAAAAUAUUAUCAACGUGGCAAAAGGGCUUUAUUCUUAAAAGAAAAUAUUUUUAUCAAGAUUUUUCUCUUUGCAGUACUGGAAAAAUAUCUACCUACUAGUAUAUUUAUGGUAAAAAUGUUUUAACAUGUGGAUUGAUUGGAAUAUUAUAUUAAGGAGAUGUUUCCGAAGUAAAACAAAA